AAGGAUCAAAAUUGUCUCCCGCACUUCCGCGUUGUGAGAAAUCCACAGAAACCAACAGCACCGACUUAGCAGAGUCACAAAUCCUAGCACUUGUCAUCAGGUUUGACAGGAUCAUCCCUCCGCUGCCAGGCAGGAAAACAAAAGGCAGGACAGUGGGGUAAUGUCAGCUGAGCCCCUCCCCUGCUGCUGAGCUGCUGACUGUCGCCACCAACAUCACCAUGGCCCUGUCCGGCAAUCCUCACCUGCUGCUCGGCAGGAUCCGUUUCCUCAACAGCUGCAUCGAGAGUUUCAGGAAAAGUGAGCCGGUGCCAGGGUGUCUGUGCUACGUCCCCAGAGAGGUGUGCUACAAAAUCUGCAAGGACUCCUCCACCGCCUCCUCCGCCACCCCCGGUGCCAAUGCGGGGGGCUCCACUGUUGGAAAAACAAUCGUGUCCGUCUUUGAGACUCCACAUCAGAUCCCGCACAGCAAGAAAUUAUGCAAGUACAGCAUCGAACCAAAGAAAGGGACGUGUAUCCGAACCACAGGGGAGGAAUACUGCAACAGCCAAGGACUUUGGGUCAAAAUCAAUAAGGAGCAGCUGGAGGAGCACCGUCCAGGCCAGGAGCUGGAGGAAGGCUGGAUACUGGUGUGUAAACACACAGAGGGAGGCGACAGGCUGGUGCCCGUGGAGUCACCAGAGACCGUGAGCCGGCAGCAGAAACUCUUCGGCUACGAUCACAAGCCCUGUAACCGCUGGGAGCAGGUGGUGGAUGUGGAGAACGCGCUUUACAUCGGCUCCAAACCCAAAAUCGCAGAGUGCGAUGACGUCGCUGUCCAGAGGCUAAGGCACGUGCCUCCCACCUGGACGUAUGAGUGCGACGAGGACCUGGUGCACUACUUUUACGACCACAUAGGGAAAGAGGAUGAGAACCUGGGGAGUGUAAAGCAGUGUGUGACUAGCAUCGAUGUGUCUUCAUGUUCGGAGGAUCCCAACGGAGGAGCGAGCUGCCUGACGGACGGCGACACAGAAACGUACUGGGAGAGCGACGGCAUGCAGGGACAGCACUGGAUCCGCCUGCACAUGAAGAGAGGCACUGUGGUCAAUAAGCUGAUACUGACCGUGGACUCGACGGACGACAACUACAUGCCCAAGAGAGUCACGGUGUACGGAGGAGAAGGAGACAACCUGAAGAAGCUGAGUGACGUCACCAUAGACGACAACCUGAUUGGAGAAGUGUGUGUCCUGGAGGAUAUGACUUCCCACCUGCCGGUCAUCGAAGUUCGGAUUGAGGAAUGCAGAGAUGAGGGGAUAGACGUGCGGAUCCGAGGCCUGAAGAUCAAGUCGUCCUGUGAGAGGGACCUGGGUCUCAACGCUGACGUUUUCCAGUCCUCUAACCUGGUGCGAUACCCCCGUCUGCAGGGCACGCUGUCUGACAUCCUGUACCGCCGUGCGCUGGUCAUACAGAGGUUCAUCUGUCUCCUGGACAGUGUGCUUCCACACCUGGUACCAGCCUGGGAUUAUAGCCUGGGCACAUUCAACCAGAUCAAAAGCAUAAAGCAGUUCCUGCUGCUGUCCAAGCGCCGCUCAGCCCUCAUCCACCAGUGCCUGAAGGACUCAGAAACCAGUAAACCCAACUUCAUGCCCCGACUCUACAUCAACAGACGUCUGGCCAUGGAGCACAGAGACAACCCUUCCCUGGACCCCAGCUGCAAGAACGCAGUGUUCAGUCAGGUGUAUGAGGGUCUCAAGCCAUCAGAUAAAUUUGAGAAGACUCUUGAUUAUAGGUGGCCCGCUCGCUACGACCAGUGGUGGGAAUGUAAGUUCAUUGCCGAGGGAAUCAUCGACCAAGGAGGUGGGUUUCGGGACAGCCUGGCGGACAUGUCGGAGGAGCUUUGCCCCAGCUCAGCCGAGUGCCCCAUGCCGCUGCCGUUUUUCACGCGGACGUCCAACCAGGGCGCGCUGGAGGCCAGAGAUUACUACGUCCCCAACCCGUCCUGUAAAGAGUUCCAGAAGUACGAGUGGAUCGGUCAGCUGAUGGGAGCGGCUCUCAGGGGGAAAGACUUCCUGGUCUUGGCUCUGCCAGGGCUGGUAUGGAAGCAGCUGAUGGGGGAAAGCGUGAGCUGGAAUAAAGACUUCCACGCAGUUGACUCUGUGCUGGUCAACCUGCUGGAGGCCAUGGAGAACAUGGACCAGGAGACGUUUGAGUUCAGGUUCGGGGAGGAGCUGGUCUACACCACCCUGCUGACCGACGGCCAGAUGGUGGAGCUCAUCCCCGGGGGCAGCAACGUGGCCGUUCGCUACGAGGACCGCAGCGAGUUCAUCCGCCUGGUGCAGAAGGCUCGGCUGGAGGAGGGCAAACAGCAGAUUGCAGCCAUGCAGGCGGGGCUGCUGAAGGUGGUUCCUCAGGCGGUGCUGGACCUGCUCACCUGGCAGGAGGUGGAGAAGAAAGUGUGCGGAGACCCAGAGAUCUCUGUGGAAGCUCUGAAGCGACUCACGCGCUAUGAAGACCUGGAGCAAAGUGACGUUAGUGUGCAGUACUUAUGGGAGGCGUUGACAAACUUCACCAAUGAGGAUCGCAGCAGGUUCCUGAGGUUUGUAACUGGUAGAAGUCGUCUUCCCGCACCAAUCUACGUGUUUCCUGACAAACAAGGCUAUGAAACAACUGAUGCUCUCCCACGGUCCUCCACAUGCUCCAGCACUCUUUAUCUACCCAGCUAUCCAAGUGCAAAGGUUUGUGAGGAGAAGCUGCGUUACGCUGCGUACAACUGUGUGGCCAUAGAUACGGACAUGAGCCCCUGGGAAGAGUGACGCCCUCCUGCUGCUUGACUGAACGCUGCACACUCUGCAAAAACUGUUGAUCGGAAAAAUCCGACCAAUUUCAUCACGACGUAUUUGCAACUGCCAAAUAAUCAAUAGCUGUACAUAAUAAAAGACUAUAUGGAAGCAUGGAAA